AUGGCAGCGAUCGAAAAGAAUAGCUCAAAACUCGACGAAAGGUUCGGCGCCAACAAGCUCGCCACCGACGACGUCAGCUCACACGAUGCCUCCAACUCGGUCACCAUGCCGCACUCGGAGGAUGUCAAGUUCAGCAAUCCUCUGGCUGGCAUCCCCAAAGAGCAACUGCUGUGCAACGUCGAGGCGUUCGCCCAGGAAAAAGGUCUGACGGACGAGCUCGAGAUGCUCCAGAAAGGUGCACUCCUUGCACAGCGCCCCGCCGAGUACGAGGAGAUCGUCGAGCUCUCUCAGGCUGAGAAGGAUGCUGUCGCUCACGAGUACGCGCACAAGUGGUCGCACCCCAAGCUGCUGUAUAUGACCAUCUUUGUCUGCUCGAUCGGCGCCGCUACCCAGGGCUGGGAUCAGACCGGUUCGAACGGUGCCAACCUUUCGUUCCCGCUCGAGUUCGGUAUCCCUGAGUCGUCGCCCGUCGGCGUUCUUCCCGGUCAGCCAGGCUACGUCACCGACGCAGAGGCGCAGAGGAAUCAGUGGCUCGUCGGUGUCGUUAAUGCUGCACCGUACAUUGCCAGUGCGCUGUUUGGCUGCUGGAUAUCCGACCCGCUCAACAACUACUUUGGUCGUCGCGGCUGCAUCUUUAUCACCGCCAUCAUCCUGCUCGUCACGCCCAUCUGCUCGGGUCUUACGCAAAACUGGUGGGAACUGUUUAUUGUGCGUCUUAUCCUGGGCAUCGGCAUGGGCGCAAAGGGUUCCACUGUCCCCGUAUUUGCCGCAGAGAACUCACCGCCUCAGAUCAGAGGUGCGCUCGUCAUGGGCUGGCAGCUGUGGACCGCCUUUGGCAUCUUUCUCGGCUUCGUCGCGAAUGUUGCUGUCAUUGACGUAGGUAAGAUUGCCUGGCGUCUGCAGCUCGGUUCCGCCUUUAUCCCAGCGCUGCCGCUUGCGGUGCUCAUCUACUUCUGUCCAGAGUCGCCGCGUUGGUUGAUGAAGAAGAACCGUUACCCUCAAGCACUGCGCUCGCUCAUCCGUCUUCGACACAACAAGAUCCAGGCUUGUCGUGACCUCUACUACAUCCACGUGCAGCUCGUGGAGGAGAGCAAGAUCGUUAGAGGAGAAACGUACCUGAAGCGCUUCAAGGAGCUCUUUACGAUCCCGCGUGUUCGACGUGCUACGGUUGCGUCUACGACCGUUAUGUUAUCACAACAGUUAUCUGGGGUGAAUGUUAUUGCCUUUUUCUCAUCUACUAUUUUUCUGGAAUCUGGAUCGACGGCCAAACAAGCUCUGUACGCAUCGCUGGGAUUCGGAGCGAUCAACUUCCUGUUUGCCUUCCCGGCGCUCAUCACGAUCGAUACGUUUGGGCGUCGAAGUCUGCUGUUGUUUACCUUUCCUCAGAUGACGUGGACGCUGCUUGCGGCAGGGCUGUGUUUCCUGAUCCCUGGCGAGGACAGCAAGACGCGCCUCGGUCUGGUAGCGCUGUUCAUCUACCUGUUCACGAUGGCGUAUAGCCCUGGAUGUGGGCCGGUGCCGUUUACGUAUUCGGCCGAGGUAUUCCCGCUGGCGCAGAGGGAGCAGGGCAUGUCGUGGGCGGUCGCUACCUGUCUCUUCUGGGCAGCUGUGCUCAGUAUCACUUUCCCUAGGAUGCUCAAGGCCAUGACUCCGACCGGAGCUUUUGGAUUCUAUGCCGGAACAAACAUUGUGGCUUUCAUCCUCAUCUAUCUCUUCGUCCCGGAAACGGCGCGUUUCACUCUCGAAGAGUUGGACGCCGUCUUCGGCGUCCCCCACGCAACCUUUAUUCGUCACCAGAACACAAAAGUGCUCCCCUACUGGUUCAAGACCACCGUCCUCAGGAAAAACGCUCUACGCCCUCCUCGACUCAUCCAGCUCGAUUCAAACCUCGUAGGUGCAGGCGAAAAGCGUCCCGAAGCCUCGAUCGCUUAG